CCCGCGCGCGGCCGUCACCGCCGCUUCGUUUCCACCCCUCCUCCAUGUUCCUCCGCGAGCCCAAUGUGCCGCCAGACCCAUCAAGGCGGCGGACAGACGCCGUUGGGUGGUUGCGCUCCCUGUUCCCAGAUCUACCAUUGCCGCCGGAGGCCACCGAUGAAGACCUACGCGCCGUGCUCGCCAAUGGUAGGCUGCUCUGUGCACUCCUGCGGAGACUCUUGCCCGGUGCACUACUGGACGACGCGGCCACAGACAAUGCUGGCAGGUUCCGCGCCGCCAUCCAGCGGAUGGGCGUGCCCACCUUCAGCGCUUAUGACCUCGAGAGGGGGGAAAUGUCAACUGUCGUUACCUGCAUUCUUGCUCUAAAGGAUCGGUUCCCAUCACGCCUCGGCGAAGACCACCAUAGCCCUCCCUUCCUCACUAGAUGUGACAGCGAAGGAAGCAGGAGGAACAUGGGAGGCAAGCUGCAAAGGGUACUCACAAGCCCCAUUAUGUCAGAGUCAUACUCUCCUUCCUUUGGAGCCGAUGCCUAUUCUCCAUCACAGGUAUUUCAGCCGAAACAUGGAUAUUCUGAUCUACCAGGCUCUAAAUAUUCUGAAUUGAUGAAAUCCUCGAGCUUGGAGAAUGCUCCCACUCAGUCACUUUUGGGUGUUUUGAACAGCAUCCUCGAUGAGAGCAUCGAGAGGAAGAAUGGACAAAUACCUUAUCGCAUUGCUUGCUUGCUAAGAAAGGUCAUAGCGGAGAUUGAAAGGCGUAUUUCUACCCAGGCCGGGCACAUACGGAAUCAAAAUAACCUGAUUAAAGCUCGUGAAGAGAAAUAUCAAUCAAGGAUAAGAGUGCUAGAAGCAUUGGCUGGUGGGGCAAGUGGACAAACACAUGUGGAGAAAGACAAACUUGAAGGCAAGGGCCAACUAUCAGAGGAUGAUAUGGCUAGAUUAAUACAAUAUGAGGAAGACUUGGUAAGAUUGAUGAAAGAAAAGGAAGACAUGGUUAGGUUGCUUAAAGAGAAGGAAGAUAUGAUCAGGUUGCUGAAGGAGAAGGAAGAUAUGGUUAGAUUGUUGAAGGUCAAGGAAGAUAUGGGUGAUUUGAAUAAUGAUAAAGUAGAUAGGUUACUUAAAGAGAGGGAUGAAACUAUAGUUAGAUUGACACAAGAGAAGGAAGAUAUGAUUCGGAUGUUGAAGGAGAAGGAUGAUACAAUUAGGCUAAUGAAGGAUAAGGAAGACAUGGUUCAUAUGAAAACUGCCACUGUCGAAGAUACACAACAUACAACAGAUGAGAAUAAAGAUAGGUUACUUAAGGAGAAGGAUGAUGUUGUAGUCCAACUGACAAAAGAGAAGGAUGAAAUUAUUGUCCAACUGACAAAAGAGAAGGAAGACAUGAUUAGGUUGCUAAAGGAGAAGGAAGAUAUAAUUAGACUAAUGAAGGAGAAGGAAGAUAGGCUCAACUUAGCUAGUGGCAAGGUUGAGGAUAGGAAGCAAGCAAUAGAUGACGAUAGAGAUAGGUUGAUUAAGGAGAAUAAUAAUGCCAUUUCCAAGUUAACAUUUGAGAAGGCAGAGAUUGCUAAGUUGCUGCAAGAGAAGGAAAAUAUAAUCAGAUUGAUGAAGGAGAAGGAAGAUAAAUCUGAUUUGAAGAAAGGUAAUGUUGACGACACAAAAGAAUCAAUAGGUGAAGAGGCAGAUAGGUCGAUAAUGGAAAAGGGUGAGAUAAUUAGGUUGACAAAAGAGAAGGAGGAUUAUAGAAAUACUAUUAUGAAACUUAAGCAGGAAUUCGAAUCAUUAAGAUCAUCAUAUGAGGAGAGCUCCAAGUUGUUAGAAUCUAAGAAGCAAGAUGUAGUUAAACUUGUCACUGACAAGGAAAUGAAUGACAACAUAAUUUUGCAACUCAGGCAAGAACUUGAGGCAACAAAAAAGUUGCAUGAGUCGGAGUCAAAAGAGGAUGAUUAUAGAAAUACUAUUAUGAAACUUAAGCAGGAAUUCAAAUCAUUAAGAUCAUCAUAUGAGGAGAGCUGCAAGUUGUUAGAAUCUAAGAAGGAAGAUGUAGUUAAACUUGUCACAGAUAAGGAAAUGAAUGACAACAUAAUUUCGCAACUCAGGCAAGAACUUGAGGAAACAAAAAAGUUGCAUGAGGCAGAGACAAAAGAGAAGGAGGAUUAUACAAAUACUAUUAUGAAACUUAAGCAGGAAUUCGAAACAUUAAGAUCAUCAUAUGAGGAGAGCAUCAAGUUGUUAGAGUCUAAGAAGGAAGAUGUAGUCAAACUUGUCACAGACAAGGAAAUGAAUGAAAACAUAAUUUUGCAACUCAGGCAAGAACUUGAGGCAACAAAAAAGGUUCAUGAGGCAGAGACUCAGCAAUUAAAGACCAAAGCUACCAAAGUAAAUAAGGAGUUCGAACAGAGGAUAAAAGAAAUAGAACUCAUGUUAGAAGAUUCUACCAAGAGGAGAAGAGAACUUGAAGAAUCUACUGAAUCUAGAAUCCAAUUUUGGAAGGAGAAGGAAAUAGUGGUAAACAAAUUUGUUGGUUUGCAAGUAAAGAAUGCUCAGGAAUUGAGGCUCUCUUCUGUUUCGGUUAGGCUUGAAAUACUAAAUUGUCAAAAAAGAUGGUUUGAAGAACUUUCUGGCCUUGGACAAAAUCUUAAGAUGGUAACAAAUGCUGCAGAAAAAUAUCAUGCAGCUCUUGCAGAUAAUAGAAAAUUAUUCAACGAGAUCCAGGAACUGAAAGGAAAUAUCAGAGUUUAUUGCCGGAUAAGACCUUUUCGACCCUGGGAGGAUGAGAAGUCCACUUCAGUUGAAUAUAUUGGUGAGAAUGGUGAACUGGUUUUAUCAAACCCUACAAAGAAGGGAAAGGAAGCUGGCAAGAAUUUCACUUUCAACAAAGUUUUUGGCCCUACAACUACACAAGAUAUAGUUUUCAAGGAUAUUCAACCACUAAUUAGAUCAGUUCUUGAUGGCUACAAUGUUUGCAUUUUCGCAUAUGGUCAAACUGGAUCAGGGAAAACCCAUACAAUGAUGGGGCCUGAAAACGCAACUGAGAAAGAAUGGGGCGUCAACUAUCGAGCACUAAAUGACCUUUUCAAUAUCUCACAUGAUCGACGAGACGCAAUUAAAUAUGAACUUGGUGUUCAAAUGGUUGAGAUCUACAACGAGCAAAUACGUGAUCUACUUGGUAUCGGUGGCUCACAGAAGAAACUAGGGAUCCAGAAUACCACCCAGCCCAAUGGACUUGCAGUUCCUGACGCAACAAUGUGUCCUGUUGAUUCGACUUCUCAUGUUAUUCAACUAAUGCAAACAGGGCACAACAAUAGAUCCAUGAGUGCAACAGCCUUGAACGAGAGGAGUAGCAGAUCUCACAGUGUUGUGACAAUUCAUGUCCAGGGCCAGGAUUUGAAAACCGGUAACACUUUGCGUGGUGCUCUGCAUCUUGUGGACCUUGCAGGAAGUGAAAGGGUGGACCGAUCUGCAGUUACAGGAGACAGGCUCAAAGAAGCACAGCACAUCAACAAGUCUUUGGCUGCACUCGGGGAUGUUAUAUUUUCUUUGUCACAAAAGAAUGCUCAUGUACCAUACAGAAAUAGCAAGCUUACACAAGUCUUACAAACUUCUUUGGGUGGGCAUGCAAAGACUCUAAUGUUUGUGCAAGUCAACCCAGAUGUUUCGUCAUACACUGAGACUUUAAGUACACUGAAAUUUGCUGAACGUGUGUCUGGGGUAGAACUAGGUGUUGCAAGGACCAACAAGGAGGGCAAAGAUGUCAAAGAAUUAAUGGAUCAGCUUUCACUGCUCAAAGAUACCAUUGCAAAGAAGGAUGAUGAAAUUGAGCGAUUGCAAAUAGCCAACAGUAGCAACUCCCUACUGAAAUCCACGAAACAUGGUGACUCUGUGUUGAAGCAUUCGGCCUCUUCUCCAGGAAUGACAUCUCUAGGAAAGGUGGCAAGCUUUGGUAGCGGGGCAGCUUCUGAUCUUGACAACUUCUCUGACAUCAGUGAUAGGCAUUCCGAAGCUGGGUCCAUGUUUUCUACUGAUGAGGCCCGACAGCUGGGCCAGAACUUUGCUGAUCCUGGUGGUGAUUCAGAUGGAAGGCUAAGUGAUGUAUCAGAUGGCGGUAUACCCACGGGUGCAGAAACUGACAGUUCAGUUAACAACGUUGUGGACCAAGAACAAGAGAAAACAUCCACUGCUGGAAAAGAGCGGUUAGCCAAAGCAGUAAGUCGAGUCCAGAAGCUAACAGUACCAAAAGUUGGCCAAGCAUCAAGCUUGCGGCCUAAACCAAGAGAUCCUCCUGCUCCUAAAUCUUCAGUCACAACUGGUGUGCGAAAAAGUACCACCACUCAAGCAACUCCACCAGCAAGAGCUAGCAGCACUUCAAAACGAGUACCAUAAAUCAAGAUAAUCAUUUGGCGAAGCCACUUCCCAGUCAUUUUUCUUUUUUGCGUAGCUUUUUCAGAAAGGUAUAUCUUCUUGCCAUGAUGUAUGUAACACCGAUGCUGCAUGUGAUUCUUGUGCCAAUUAGUGACUUGUGCAUCUCAGGUGGAUAGGUUCUUUUCUUUUCAUGUUUCCAAAUGAGGGUGUUGACUGCAUCAGUAUAUGAUGUUAGCAUGUUAUAAGAUACCAUUGUUCAAUGUGUUAUGAGAUACCAUUGUUCAAUUAGUGAAGGAAUUCGGAUUGAUCAAAUUCAAGUCCUUACUGUUUUUCAGAAUCUAUUCAUGUCGA